AUUCAAUUCAACAUUCAACAGUCAUAUUUCUCAUUUAAUGUUACACAAUGUGUUAAUGAAAUACGCUGUUAACAAAGUUUAGAUAUUUUCGUAGUGAUAAGCGCAUUAUAAUAAGUCAAGAUGUCAGCUCACCCUGGCCCUGUGGAGUCUUUUGAUGAAUUUUAUUCCGAGGUGAAGGAGAUAGAGAAGAGAGACUCAGUGUUGACACCAAAACAACAGAUCGAGAGGCUACUUCGCCCUGGCUCCACGUAUUUCAAUCUGAACCCUUUUGAAGUGUUGCAGCUUGAACCUGACACAUCGCUCGAUGAGAUCAAGAAGAAGUACCGCAGGCUGUCCAUCCUCGUCCAUCCGGACAAAAACAUGGAUGAUUCGGAACGGGCACAACAGGCAUUUGAGAUAGUAAACAGAGCGUGGAAAACCCUGGAGAAUGAUGACACCAGAAAGAAGUGUUUGGAUAUCUAUCAGGAGGCUAAGGAACGCACUGAACAUAUGAUAGAGCAAAAGAAGAAAAAACAGAGAAAGGAGUCUCGGCAAGCUGAGGGCAUACCCGAGGAUGAUCCUGUCAAGUUCAAACAUGCAGUUUAUGUUAUGACUAUGAAGUUGUUCGCGGACAUGGAGCGCAAGAGGCAGCACUUAGAAACGCGCGACCAGGAGGAGCGGAAACGGAAGCGGGAAGCGGAAAUAGAACAGGAGGAACAACUUUCCAUGGAAAAGGAGUGGGCUAAGAACUUUGAGGAAUCUCGACAAAACCGCGUGGACAGCUGGAAGACCUUCCAGUCCGGCAGCGGCGGGGAGAAGAAGAAGAAGAAGAAAAACAUGAUGAACUUCAAGCCGCCCAAGCCCAAGCCGGAGAGCAGAUAACUUGCAGCCGUAUUGCAAUACGUUAGUUUUACUCUAGUUUUAGUGGUCGUGUGAAGUUUGAUGGGGCAUUCCACUAGA